UGUGCUCAGAAUGACGACUCCAAGGGAUAGAAAUGCAGCUGAGGAACUAAAACCGAGUGGAUAAUCUCCUUGACUUUCUUCUCGUAUAAUGAGAUUUCCAACCCCUCAAUCUGGUGCCUCAUUGAUUCUGUCCUUCCGACUCAGAGAGAAAACUACAGUAUUACUUGGAUCUGGUCCUCUCGCCGCUUCUCGCGCUUUCUCUGCUCUGGAAGCAGACUCUAGGGUGAUCGUCAUCUCGAGGGGAGGGAAACAAGCGGCGUGCGAUGAGCUUCAAUGGAGGGCAGACCACGGACAGCUGACGAUUAUUGAUUUAAAUACGUUGCCGGGCUCCGACACGAACACAGCAGAGGACAGAGAUAUAGAAGGGAUUGAAGACUUUCUGCUGACUACCGACAAGAACAUUAGCUUUAUUUGCAUCACGGACACUAUCUCAGGAUCACCAACAAGACGUUCUCGGCUUUCAGCAGAGAGAAUCUAUAAACUAUGCAAGGCUAGAAACAUUUUGGUGAACACGACCGAUAUACCAGAUCUGUGCGACUUCUCGUUCACUUCCACCCAUCGAUUUGAAGGCUCUUCUGGUUCAAAAACCCCCCUACAGGUCGGUGUUACAACUAAUGGCCAGGGGUGCCGAUUGGCUGGACGAGUUCGAAGGGAUAUCGUCUCCAAGCUACCCAAGGACGUGGGUCUUGCUGUAGAGAGAGUGGGAAGGAUGCGUGAGCUUGCCAGGGACAACCUCUCGCUCACAAGAGGCAGUAAUUCGGGGGAUGCAGUGCCGGGCGAGGAUUGUUAUGAAGAUAGUGGUGUGUCGACACCAAACAGGCCCGUCCCUCAACGAGAUGGAGGGGAGACUACCGCCGAGAUUGCAGUGCGACGUAUGAAAUGGGUUGCCCAAAUCAGCGAGUACUGGUCGUUACAGAAGCUAUCAAGAUUGACAGACGGAGAAAUUCGGGUUAUCCUCUCGGGGAGUGGUCGAGAAGAAAGCCCAGGAUCGGAGUUAGCAUCGAUUCCCGCGUCGUCUAUGCAUUCCCUCAGAUUCCGCACCCCCGGCCGUAUCCUUCUUGUUGGUUCUGGGCCCGGACACCCAUCCCUCCUCACCCUUGCUACUCACACUGCGUUGACCAAACUAGCGGAUUUGGUGUUAUCAGACAAGCUCGUUCCGGACGCAAUCCUCGCACUUGUACCAUCGAACGUAGAGAUCCGGAUUGCGAAAAAAUUCCCAGGCAACGCGGAAGGCGCUCAAAAUGAGAUGAUGGAAGUAGCAGUGGACGCAGCUAGGCGAGGCUUGACAGUAGUCAGACUAAAGCAGGGUGAUCCAGUCGUGUACGGCCGAGCCGGGGAGGAGGUACUCUACUUCCGUGAGCGAGGAUUUGAGCCAAUCGUGGUUCCCGGUGUCAGCUCUGCGAUCGCUGGGCCAACCCUCGCUGGUAUACCUGUCACCCAACGCGGCGCAGCCGAAUCCUUGUUUUUGUGUACAGGAGUUGGCCGGAAGGGAAAAGAAGUACAACUUCCCGGAUAUGAACGGAGUAGGACUUUGGUUAUCCUGAUGGGCGUCGCACGGUUGUCGGGAGUGGUCUCCUCAUUAUCAGAACCACAGGCAGAAACGGACAGACGUCGGACAGGAAAGGCUUAUCCGCCACAUACCCCGACAGCUAUUAUCGAGCGAGCUUCAAUGCCUGAUCAGAGAGUGCUCGAGUCGACACUUAGAGACGUGGUAAAGGCUUUGGACAGUCUUGGGGAACAGAGGCCUCCAGGUAUGAUAAUUGUAGGGUGGGCAGUUUUGGCCUUGUGGGGUAAGGGAAAUGUAGAUGUCCUUGAUGAAGGUGCAGAGAAUAACGAUGAACAGAGGGUCAUCGAAUGGCUAGGAGGACCGGAAGCCGCAUGGCGAGUGAGAGAGGGCAUACAGGAGGGCUGGGAAUGUCUUUGA